AUCUCAGAGUCACAACUCCGUCAGAUCUCACAGACAUGAAACUCAUAUUGAAUCAAUCACUGCCACUUCAUUGUAUCUGAUGUCCAUCCAGAACAAACCUGAUUGAUGGUCAUAAAGGAUAUUUCAACUUAAUUACAACAGGUAUUGAAGCCUCCCACCAGCUGGCAGAGAGUGACCUGAAUGAGAUGAACAACUACAAAGAGGACAUCAGCAGCGUGGGAAAAAUACUUAAUGUCCAUCCGGCCCUGAUCGCCGGCAUAAUCUCCAGACAGUCUCGGGCUGGAACCAAACUGAGCGCCAACGGCUAUGGAAAGUUCAACCAAAACUGCUUCGGCCUCAUGCAGAUCAGUAAGCAUUACCACGCGGUGAAAGGAAACCCGUUCAGCAGAGAGCACCUGGACCAGGGAGUCACCUUCUUCAUCCAGCUCAUCAAGACCAUGAAGAGGACGAAGCAGGACUGGAGCAAAGAGCAGCAGCUGAAAGGUGCGUUGGCGUGCUACAUCGCAGGUGAGGAGAGGGUCAUCCCUUUAUCGUACGAGGAGGUGGACAGCGUGACACCUCACGGGGACUUUGCCAAUGACGUGGUCGCCAGAGCGCAGUGGUUCGCCCACAGUGGCUUCUAAAUGUUUCUAAAUAAUUUUCCCUUUCUUCCUAUUCUUGGUAUUUAGGGAGAAUUACUGUUUUAAGCUCGUCUUCCGUACGUUCAUGAACCGUCACAUACGCAUGUUUGGUCGAGACCCCUUGGCGUCGUUUUUUGACAUGUAACGGCUCCACGGUCAGACGUAAAAAGGUGCCACAUGCACAUUUAAAGAGGUUACCUCAAUCAGUCAGGUGUGUUGAUUCAGCAGUGAUGAUAUUAAGUUGAUCUA